CCACAGAACGGCAGUUCAUGUGCCAUGAAGUGAUUGGGCAUAAAAGAAGCAACAGACUAGUCUGAGCAUGCACUCAAAAAGAUUAUUGCUGUCUAGUGGAGGCUUGUAUCGCAGACACAGAGAGCUAGUGGAGAAUCCACGAAUCGCAGUCCGCGAAUAUCGAUUGACCUCAUUAACACAUUUCCAAUCGACGGCACAGCAACUCUUCUAGCCAUAUAGUCCGACUUGAUCGUCUCAGGAGUGACAUGGCUUGAGCAAUUGAGCAUUAUGACAUUUAUUUAGCGGUCCAAUGCGAGCUGUGGAUGACAUGAACAGCAGCGCUUUUUCUCCUUCGCAAAUAAAUACAUAUUGAAUACGAUAUUUUUUCCAUACUACCGUCGAAACAUGCCGCCUAUUUUACAUCCUCGAUCGCGCUCGACGAGCUCGCUAUUCGCGGCCACCAUGUUAGCAUCCGUUGUCAUUGUCGGCCUCCCGCACAUAUUUCCUUGCCCAGCUCCUCGCCGAACACUAGCCGACUCAGAAAUGAUUAUGACAGCCGAUGGACAGCAAAUAGAGAGACCUAGGAGGCGAAGGAGGAAACAAAUACCCGACGAAGACUCUGCUCCGAAUACAGCCGUUGCUCAGAAGAGUUUACCUCGGUCUAAUGAUGAAGAAGUAUCGACGUUUUUGCAAUUGGAAGCCGAGGCGGAAUCAAUUGGGAAAUUGGGACACGAAUGUCCAGUCCCGAAACCUGGAGGAAUAGUCGGGAAGCUUCUGGGGUUUCCAAAUAAAAAGAAAGAUACGUCAACGGACUUAUCGAAAUCCGAUAUAUCAGAUCGGAGCAGCGGUAGCUGAUUUACAACGACCACUAGCCUAAAUACUGUGGAUAUCACGGCAGAUCACAAAUCUGCCUGCAGAACUCAAUGCACGCUAUUCUAUUGCUUGUACAUGUAUGAAAGAGGUUGUACAAUAUUGUUGGACUUGGUUCAGGCCCAAAAAGAUGUCCAAAAUCUGGAGAUAUUCUAGACAGGCCAGUCUUCCACGCCUCAUGAUUGCCAAUUUGAUGCUACGUUAGAUAGAAUUAAUUACGGAAAAUAAUGAAAACAAAUCACAUGAAUUCUAC